AUGGCAGAACGAAAACGCAAGCUCGAGCUGUAUGACACACCCGCGGCGCCCAACGGCACGCCCGCGGUGCAGUCCGGUGGUGUGAACCCCUUUACCGGGCGCCCCUACUCCCAGCGAUACCAUGAGAUCCUAGCCGGCCGUCAGGGCCUGCCGGUGUGGCAGGCCCGGAAGGACUUUGUGGACAUGCUGGGCUCCCACCAGACCAUCAUCCUCGUGGGCGAGACCGGGUCCGGCAAGACCACCCAGAUCGCGCAGUUCAUCGCGGAGGCGGGGUACUGCACCGCUGGCCUCAAGGUGGCCUGCACCCAGCCGCGGCGCGUGGCCGCCAUGUCGGUCGCGCGCCGCGUGGCGGACGAGAUGGAUGUGACGCUGGGGGAGGAGGUGGGCUACUCCAUCCGCUUUGAGGAGUGCACGGGCCCUCGCACUCUGGUCAAGUUUGCCACCGACGGCAUGCUACUGCGCGAGGCCAUGACUGACCCGCUGCUGGAGAAGUACUCCGUCAUCAUCCUGGAUGAGGCGCAUGAGCGCACCCUGGCCACAGACGUCCUCUUUGGCCUGAUAAAGGAGGUCCUGGUCAAGCGCACCGACCUGAAGCUGGUGGUCAUGAGCGCCACGCUGGAGGCGGAAAAGUUCCAGUCCUACUUCCUGGAUGCGCCGCUGAUCAAGGUGCCCGGGCGCCUGCACCCGGUGGAGAUCUUCUACACCCAGGAGCCGGAGCGGGACUAUUUGGAGGCCUCCAUCCGUACCGUGGUGCAAAUACAUCAGUACGAGGCCCCGGGCGACGUGCUUGUCUUCCUGACGGGAGAGGAGGAGAUCGAGGACGCCUGCCGGAAGAUCACCAGCGAGAUCGAGCAGCUGGGCUCCAAGGUGGGGCCCAUCAAGGUGUACCCCCUGUACUCCACCCUCCCGCCGCAGCAGCAGCAAAAGAUCUUCGACCAGGCGCCGGGCCCGCUGAAGCCGGGCGGCAUCCCCGGGCGCAAGAUCAUCGUCUCCACCAACAUCGCCGAGACGUCACUGACCAUCGACGGCAUCGUGUACGUGAUUGACCCGGGCUUCGCCAAGCAAAAGGUGUACAACCCGCGCAUCCGUGUCGAGUCCCUGCUGGUCUCGCCCAUCAGCCGGGCCUCGGCCCACCAGCGCGCCGGCCGUGCGGGGCGGACCAAGCCCGGCAAGUGCUUCCGGCUGUACACGGAGGCGUCCUUUGGCAAGGACCUGCAGGAGCAGACCUACCCUGAGAUCCUGCGCAGCAAUCUGGGGUCAGUCGUGCUGCAGCUCAAGAAGCUGGGCAUUGAUGACCUGGUGCAUUUUGACUUCAUGGACCCCCCCGCGCCGGAGACGCUCAUGCGGGCCCUGGAGCUGCUCAAUUACCUGGGCGCGCUGGACGACGACGGCAACCUCACCCCCAUCGGCACCAUCAUGGCCGAGUUCCCCCUGGACCCCCAGCUGUCUAAGAUGGUGGUGGCCUCUCCCCGCUUCAACUGCUCCAACGAGAUCCUGAGCAUCGCCGCCACGCUGAGCGUGCCACAGCACAACGGCGACGCCGACUGGUGCUAUCAGAACUUCCUCAACGCGCGGGCCCUCAAGUCUGCGGACAAUGUCCGGGGGCAGCUGCUCCGCAUCUGCCAGAGGCUGGGCGUAAACAUGGUGUCUACAGACUUUAAUUCGCGAGAUUACUACACCAACAUCCGGAAGGCUAUGCUGGCAGGGUACUUCAUGCAGGUAGCCCACGUGGAGCGGACAGGGCACUACCUCACGGUCAAGGACAACCAGAACGUGUACCUGCACCCCUCCACCUGCCUCCAAACCAAACCCGAAUGGGUCCUGUACCAAGAGUUUGUGCUCACCACCAAGAACUACAUCCGGACAGUCACCGAGAUCAAGGGCGAGUGGCUAGUGGACUUAGCGCCGCACUACUACGACCUCUCCAACUUUCCGGCCGGGGAGGCACGCAGGGCGCUGGAGAAACUGUUUGCAAAGCGGGAGAGGGAUCGCAGCGGAAAGUUCUGA